AAAGAAACUAAGCGGCAUCCAAAUCAACACAUAUCCAGAAACAUAUCACUUAACCAUGAAGACCGCAACAGCCGUAGUUCUACUCCUCUUUGCCUUGGCAUCAAAAUCAUAUUUCUUUGGGGUAGCCAACGCUGCAGACUCUCCGGUGCUUGAUAUUGAUGGUGAUGAACUCCGAACAGGGGUUGAAUAUUACGUCGUGUCAGCAAUAUGGGGUGCUGGUGGUGGCGGACUAGCUCUAGGAAGGGCCACAGGUCAAAGCUGUCCAGAAAUUGUCGUUCAAAGAGGAUUCGACGACGACGGUAUUCCCGUGAUCUUUUCAAAUGCGGAUAGCAAAGAUGGUGUUGUCCGCUUAUCUACUGAUGUAAACAUAGAGUUCCUUCCCCUCAGAGACAGACUCUGCUUGACGUCAACUGUGUGGAAGCUUGACAAUUAUGACCCCUCGACAGGCAAAUGGUGGGUGACAACUGAUGGGGUUAAAGGUGACCCUGGUGCUAGCACUUUGACCAGUUGGUUUAAGAUUGAGAAGGCCGGAGUACUCGGUUACAAAUUUAGGUUCUGUCCUUCUGUCUGUGAUUCAUGCAUAACUUUAUGCAACGAUUUGGGAAGAGCUUUAGAUGGUGGACAGAUGCGUUUGGCUCUCAGUGAAAAUGGAUGGCCAUGGAUAUUUAAGAAAGCAAGCAAGACAAUAAAACAAGUUGUUAACGCGAAGCAUUAGUUUUAAGUUUUAUGUGUUAAGUGUACGUCCUAGUAGCACUACUAGCCGGUCGUUAAGUUCCACUAAAUAAAAGUUAAGCUCUGUGCUUCCCCAAAAGCCGGUAAUGUAUUGUUAUGUAGUCAGAGUCUUGUUUGAGGGGUGGAGGUGCUUAAAGGGUCUGUCUUCACAGCCCAGCUUUGUUUCUGAAUAAAUAAUUUGCCUCUUGCCUCAGCAAUAUUUUUGUGUCAA